AUGGCUUCUCCUAAUCAAGACGUUCAACAAACAUCAGUAGAUUCUGUUCACUCAUUGAAUCACUCUCAACAAGUACAAGCGCAACAGAGUGAGAUACAUCAACAAGCCUCGAAUAGAGAGGGCCAAGGAAACAAUUCGACGACAGAUAAUCCAAACAACGAGCAAGAAGCUUCAGGUGAAGAACCACCUUCAUCACAGCAAGCUUCAGGCGGUGAGCAAGCUAAUCCGACUUCAAAUCAAGACAAUAUAGAUCCCGCAUCCCUACCAAGUAGAGCACGAGAGACCGAAGAAGGGGAAGCACCACAAAAUAGUGUAGAACACGGGAAUGAGACCACUCAAAAUACGUUAAACGUAACCCCUGGUAAUACGAACUCUCAGCAAACAGACUCAACAGAAACGUCCAGCGAUAAAGAAAAAGCAAUGAACGAAAAGCUGCCUAAGUACGAAGAUUUCUUCACCGAUCUCCUCUUAACGGCUUGUUUAUCCGUGUAUAGCGAAAACGCUGAUUUAACUUCUAUCUCUAAGAUCAGUAUUUUCAUCGGAUAUUUUAGCCUACUUUGGUGGUCAUGGUGGUCACAAACUUUAUUCGAUGUCCGUUAUAGAGGUAAGUAUGAAAAUGACCUUCUUAUGGAAUAUUAUCAAAAUUUUUUGCGUGGUGCUUCUAUACUCGGUAGGAUUGGCUUCGCAUCUGUUUCAUCCGAAUUCGUCCACGGUGGUUAUCGGGACUUCGCUGUCUUCUACGUUCUUUCAAGGGUUAUUUUAAUCUUUGAUUAUCUUAUGUUAAUCUUUUAUAUUGAGGAUGGAUCACCGGGAAGUUCUGAUAAUCCCCAAAAUACUACGGAAAGUCAAGAAGCGACCGAGUAUCAUAAUACUAACGGAGAUUAUAGUAUAACCGUAAUUAAAAUACAAUGUCAUUGGAUCAUUAUUGUAGGAACAAUCAUCUCUAUCGUUUUUUGGUCCGGAAGUGUGUUUAUCGAUGUUGAUAAGAAUACGGUGCCGCGUAAGGCUGUUGUGUUUUGGUGUAUUGGAAUUUCGGUUGAAAUUAUUGCACAAUGGUUUAUUGAAAGUAAAAGUUCCCUUGAGCAUCUUUCGAAAACUCCAAUGGUGAAACGUUUGAGAACUUUUUCGUUCAUGGUGUUUGGAAAUGGUUUCGAUAAUGUUGGUCAAGCACUCAAGUUAGUCGGUCUUUCUUUCAAUAGUAGGGGUGGUUCACAGGACGGAGGAAAUGCAUUUAUCGCAUUUUUGAAUGGAAUUGCAAGUGUCAUAAUUGUGAUUUUAUUGUUCUUUGACUACUAUCCGGACGUUGAUAAGAAUAAAUUCGAUGCCGAUCCUGCACAAAUAGCGCUGUGGUGCUAUACUCAUUUUAUUUUGCAUGUUACUUCCGCGGUACUGAUGAUCGCACUAGGACAGACAAUUUCGUAUAUCAACACUCUGACAACACUCAUACAACUGCACAAUCAUCCUUCAUCAUAUUUGCCUAAAGAUUCGGAUUGGCAAACAUAUAUUAAUUCUCCAAAUCUAACGCAAGUUUUCAACAACAAUUCAAUGCCAGCUGCUGGAGAUAUACCAAGUAACUAUACACGAACGGUCGUAGAACUCAUCGCUACAACCAUUUCUUUACGGGGAGCCAUCGUUCCGGAACUGGACUUAGCUCAACGUUUAUUCGAUUCCACAAAACCAUUCAAGGAUUUCAGUUUGCCUCCUGCUGCCAGUACUGCAUAUGGAAAAUACGUCGACGCAAUCAAUGCAAUGCAAAAGGCGGACAGUCUCGACCGUUAUCUCUCUGAAAAUUUUUUCAACUUUAAUCUCGUUUACAUCUGUCCUGCAAUCUACUUGUUUGGUAACACAGUGCUCAAAGAACUUGAACAUCGUAGAACUGAUGAAGACGCAGUCAGCAGGAGAGCAAAGAAUUUUAGCCAAUGCAUCAGAAUUUGUUGUGGUGUAAUCCUUGUUUUGGUGCAAGUUAUUCUUUUACUUACAUUCGGUCGAACGGACCCGAGAACAAUGGCAGUAGAAAGCGGUCUGAUAAUUCUUGCUUGCAUUUUGAUGCUGGAAUCAUUCUUGCAAAUCGCUCUUAAAAUUUACUUCAGAUUGUUAAUCGCUCUACGACGAAUUCUCCUUGAAGAAAUUUAAACUUGAUGCAGCCACCUUUCUCCAAAACCAGGUAUUCGGUGUUCAAAGGCAUGUGGCAGCACCACAUUACGCCCGUAUGCUGUACGACGGACAAUGACUCCAACCUAUGUAGAUACAGCUAGCUCAUGGACUAAGAUCAUUUACCCAUCAAUCAUCCAUUC